CUCUCUCUCACUGUUUUCACGUAGAAUAAGAUCCACAUCCUACAAGCUCGCAUUUCCUCCGUUAUUAGGCUAAUACUGCGGUUAAGCAACCAGAGCAGAAAUGCUCAACCCUUAAAACAUUCAGCAUUGUAGGCAGAAUCUUUUUCUUUGAAAAGAGGACUUGGAAAGGUCAGCUCUGGGGAUACUGUUAUUUAUUACUGCACAGUUGACCAUACGGAACUAAAGUUUUAUCAUUGUUUUAUUGUUAUUUUCUCUAAUCGUGGAUCAUAUACCUGUAAAAGAGGAUGGGACUGUUAUACGUAUUCAUCGCCCUUUUCGUAAGCGCGUCUGUCCCACGGCAAGGAAAAGGGGAAGACUGCCAAACAGAUGCACAUGAGACCAGGGGCCCCUGCUUCAUGCCGGAAGCUGAUGAAGCAUUUGUAUCAGCUGAUGGUGAGGAUCCUGCUGAAGCAGGCCCUUGCCAACCGAACCCAUGUCAUAACGGAGGAGUGUGUGUAAUUAGCGAGACCUACAGAGGUGACACCUUCAUUGGAUAUGUCUGCACGUGUCCACCAGGCUUCAAUGGGAUUCACUGCCAGCACAAUGUGAAUGAAUGUGAAAGAAACCCUUGUAAAAAUGGAGGAAUCUGCACUGAUUUGGUUGCAAACUACUCAUGUGAAUGUCCUGGGGAAUACAUGGGAAAAAACUGCCAAUAUAAAUGCUCUGGACCUCUUGGGAUGGAAGGGGGAAUAAUUUCCAAUCAGCAGAUCACAGCGUCUUCCACUCAUCGUGCAUUGUUUGGGCUGCAGAAAUGGUACCCAUAUUUUGCCCGGCUAAAUAAGAAAGGGCUUGUGAACGCCUGGACCGCCGCUGAGAGUGACAGAUGGCCAUGGAUUCAGAUAAACCUACAGAGAAGAAUGAGGGUUACAGGACUGAUAACACAAGGUGCCAAGCGCAUAGGUAGCCCAGAAUAUGUAAAGUCCUACAAAGUGGCUUCCAGCGAUGAUGGGAAGACAUGGAUGACCUAUAAAGAUAAGAACACAGAUGAGGACAUGAUUUUCCAUGGAAACACUGAUAACAACACACCCUUUGCUAACUCCUUCACACCUCCAAUUCAAGCACAGUAUGUGCGGAUUUACCCACAAGUCUGCAGGAGGCACUGCACACUCCGUUUGGAGCUGCUAGGCUGCGAACUAACAGGGUGCUCGGAGCAAAUGGGAAUGAAAUCUGGUCACAUCCAAGAUUAUCAAAUUUCAGCAUCCAGCAUAUUUCGAACUCUUAACUUGGAUAUGUUCACAUGGGAGCCGGGGAAGGCCAGGCUAGACAAGCAGGGCAAAGUUAAUGCAUGGACAUCGGGUCGCAGUGACCAGUCUCAGUGGCUGCAGGUUGACAUGCUCUGCCCAAUGAAAAUUACUGGAAUCAUCACACAAGGAGCAAAAGAUUUUGGGCAUGUGCAAUUUGUGGGAUCCUACAAAGUGGCCUUCAGUGAUGAUGGCAAAAGAUGGAGUAUAUAUCAAGACCAAAAACAGAAGAAGGACAAGGUGUUCCAAGGAAAUUUUGACAACGACACACACAGAAAGAACUUGAUAGAUCCACCCCUUUAUGCCAGGUUUGUACGGAUCCUACCAUGGUCAUGGUACGGCCGGAUCACUUUGCGGGUGGAGUUCCUAGGAUGCACAGAAGAAGACUGAAUAUCUUUAUUUUCCAAGGUGUACUGAAAUAUUGUGUCUCACUAAAUAUUUCCACAUGAACUCUGUUGAACAUAUUCAACAUAUUUGAAUAUUUUCCAAGAAUAAGUAUUUUGUCAUGGAAGACCAAAGUUUACUUUGUGCAAUGAUUUGAAAUUCUUCUUUUUGUCAUAUCAGUUUUCUUUCAUAUUAUUAUUAUUAUUAUUAUUAUUAUUAUUAUUAUGAUUUUACUCUGCAUGGAAACUUUUUGUUUGAUAUAAUGGAGAGUGAGAGUACAUGAUCACAUUGUUGAUUAGACCUGCCAGUGUCAUAUGAAAUGAUAUAUAGAUAUAUGAAAAUUGUAUGAAUUAAUGCAUUAAAUUGCAUAUGGUCAGAAUUCAGCAGAAUUUGGUUAUUGCCAAAAAUUGCAUAAAAUAUGACAUUGGUGUUUUAAUUUUUGUGAGAUGACUAUAUUAUUUUGUUUACAUGGUUGUAAAAUAGUAAUAAUUCCAUACCCUGUAUAUGAAAAUUUGUGUAAAUUAUAAUGUAUAUUCAAUUUAAAAGUAUGACAAUGAAAUACACAGCCUCAAGAUUCAUCUGUGUCUACUUUAACAUUUAUGUACAAUGUACAUUCUGUGAAGAUUUCAAAUUAAAUGCACUUGUCAUUGAAAAAGUGACACUGCCAUAUAUCGAAUGAUUAUAUAUAGAAUCCUUCUUUGAGUUAAUUUCUUAUUACAGAUAUUUUUGUAGCUUAUUUGUAAUUUUGUAUUCUGUGGUCUUUUUUUUGUCAUCUUGCCCUUGUUUUGUUUGGUCUUUUAAUUGCUGUAUUUAUAGUAUUUUGUGUUAUCUAAAUCAUAUUUAACAGCUCAGGAUAGAAGUCACCUGUCUGAUUUUUUUUCCUUUCUUUUAUUCAGAAACUUGUGUUAAAGUUCUUAAAGAGUAAUUUAGUUCAGGAAAGACCUUCUAUAUUAUGCAAGCACCAAUAUGCAGACAACAUCAGUAUGGAUAAAUAUGGGAAGCUAAUAUUCAGUGCAAUGAAAAAGCCAAUUAUUUAGUUUCCAAACUGUUGAGCAGUAUAUAUUGUGUAGGGGUUGGGAGCGUGACCACAUUUGUCCCAGGAAGGAGAGUCGGGGUGGUUCAUGCUGUUUUUCAGUUGUUCAUUUGAAUUAGUUUGCCCCAAGCAACUUGAACACCAUUGCAGAUAGCAGUUCCAAGACCUGUAAUCUUCUGUUGUUCUUUGAUUUUUUUUAUCGCAGUAUCAUGCUAAACCAUUCUUGUCCUAUCCAUGUGUUUUUAUACAUACAGGUAUUGUUUUAAAAAAAACGAAAUGCAUCCAUAUAUUUUCAAAAUAUAAACACAUGGACACAUAUGUCUGUAUUUGUCUGAGAUGAUGUAAAAAGAACACUAACAGUUGUUGCUGUAUCAGUGUAUAUCACUAUAUGAGUGUUACUUCUGCAAGUCUGUCAUGAAAAUAAUUUGUUAAAAAGUAUGAUACCCUUGGUAAAAGAAUUGUAUAUGGAUUGUCUCAUUAGUACAACCACUCACAAAGUCUGCAUUCUGCAGUAAAUAAUAUUUCAUGCAGUUUUUACCAUUUAUCUGCACUGUAUUGACUAUGUUAGUUUUAGUAUAAUAAUUUACAUAAUUUGCACAGCAAUUAUUAAUUUGAAUUUUAAAAAAACAUAAAAAAAUGAAAUCUAAUUUGGCUUCCAAAUGAUGACCCGGUAAAGAUAUCACCUAAACUGACAAAUUAAGUAUGUUUUGGUUUAAAAUAAAUUUCUGAUAAUUGUUCCACAUGUGCACAUGCAUGGAAUAAAUGCAAGCUCAGUUUCUAUAGGAGACAGUAAUGAAACAUUUUUAUUAUUUUAUUUUUUUAUUAUUUUUAUGUAGCCUUCUUAACUGACCAUCUUUUUGUCAACUUCUUGUUUCACUGUGGUCCUGUUUUGGGUAAUUGCUUCGCAACUUCAUUAGACUGGAUUAUACUGACUUUUGCCUUAAAUCCAUGUCAUUUUUAAGUAGAUUGCUUGUGUACUGAAUUUUACAUACAGGUCUUUUUUUUUAAUGAAACCAAAAACAGACCACAACUCCUGGCCUUUUUGUGUCUUGAAUUUCAUCAUUUUAUUGUAUAAGUAUAUAAAAAUUGUACUUAUUUUAUGGUGACAGGAUAAAGUAGAAGAGUGGGAAGGGAAGGUUUUCUUGGGUAGUGUCUACUGUGUUACAUAUGAAAAGUAGCUACUUACAUGGAAGCUCAUUGGUAAAUAAAAUGCUGUCUGUGA